AGCGGCGAGUGAACACGCAGGUACCGACUCCGUUGCAGUGGCGCUCAGCUGAUCGCGAUAUGUUGACAGCCUGGCAGCCAGAGACACAGCGCUGCGUGGGCGCUGGCGUUACUGAACAGUGAAUGAGCAAAAUUAAGUGUGUAAACAUCUUUUUUUUCCAGUGAAGUGGCGAUAUAUCUUCAAGAUAAUGCGUUAGCAGAAUAUCUUUAUCGCAAAAACUGAAUACUCAUGUGUAGUGACUAAACAUUGUUAGAGCGCUGUUGGAGCGAAUGGACGAAAUGAAACGUCGUGUGGCAUGUUCGUAGCGUAAUAUUUGAUUAUAUGUUCAUAAACUGACGUUGCGGUGCGGGAACUUUUGUAUCUACAUACCUACACGAAAGAGUGACGUGAAAGUGACAUGAAAUCCAAGUUUCUCAUCUAUGAUCGAGGAUGUAUUUAGCUGGUUAUUUCAACUAAUGUGAAACUGGGAAAUUUAAUCUUUGGUGAAACUACAACGUUGAAGUUUCUAAGAACGCUAGAAACAGAACUUAAGCCCUCGCGACUGAGUGUGAAGUAGUGCGUCGACUUUCUGACCUCGAUUGUGGUAAUGGUUGGAAUGUGUUACUUAGUGUUGUAAUAAAGAAAUGUCUACGGGAAAGCGACUUGCCAAACGUUCUAUAAUCGGAACGAGAGUUUGUGCCCCUAGAGAUGACGGGAAGUAUUAUUCAGGUGUCAUACAGGCAGUCAAAUCUACGGGUAAUGCUCCGGACGAUGAGAGUUAUUACACGGUACGUUUUGAUGACCCUGGUCCGCAACAGAGAUUUCUUGGCGAAUACAGAGAGGCGGACCUCGUUGGUCCGGGCUUCAGAACAGUAUCUGGUCUGACUCUGGUGGCAGGACAACGCGUCUAUCUCACUUACAACGGGCGUGAAGUAAGCGGGAAUGUGAUAACUCACAAGCCUCGCAUCGACGAGCUUCUCAUCUCCAUAUCACCUCCGGGGCAAGAGGCGCUGGAGGUGCGGAAGCGGCUGGAGGAGGUGCGGCUGCUGGAGUCGCGGAAGUCCGCGCGGCUGCAGGACCAGGACACGGACUUCGCGCGCCUCGCCGACAUGGCGGGCGACCGCCGCAAGGCGCCCUCCGGCUCCAUCGACGUGCCCCUCUCAAACGGAAGCCCAGGACCGAUCCGGGCGUCUGCGCGCAGGAUGUCCUCCCGGCGCACGUGGAAGUUGUACGUGGACGCGCGCGGCGGCCUCGCCGGAACGCGGAAGAGACGGCCCAGCAUGUCGCACGCCGACGACGCCAAGGAGCUGGACUUCAUGGACGAGUGCAUGGCCGCGCUGGUCCUCAUGAGGCUCUCCUGCAGCCCGCACUCGCCCAAGAUGAGAGGCCCGUCGCCCAGCCCCGGGUCGGACGCGUCGGGCCGCAGCGGCACGCCCUCGCCCCCGCUCAGCGACGCCGGCUCCGCCUCCGGCUCGACGGCGGCGCUCUGGGCGCACCUCAACGCCGACGAGGGCAUCGUGCUCGACGACUUCGACGACCUGCCCAAGCGCAAGAAGGCAAUCCGGACAACAGUGUACCACUGCACCUGGCCUGGCUGCCUGGCCAUGACCACAACCUGUGCUGCCAUUGAAUCCCAUGUCCGAAAAGCACACCUUGGACGACAAAAUGGACCAGAGAAUGGCAAAGACUGGGAUCAUGAGGAAGAAUUUUACUACACAGAGGUAGAGAUUGGGCUACAUGCAUCAUCACCACCUACACUGUCACACCGUGACAUGGCACGUCCACCCUAUGAAGACCCAGAGUACCAAAAACAGUUGAAGAAUGGUUACCACAAAGCAGGACCCAUCAACAUUCCUGCCGGCAACUAUUCUUCAUCAGCAUCAUCCUCACCGAAUUCACCUCUGAAACACCUGAAACUGAGCCCUCGUUCGGAGUCCAGUUUUCCCACAUCAACUACAAGCAAAUUAUUAUCAGGGAGCCCCACACGCAAAAUGCGAGGAGAAACAAAGAAGUGUCGAAAAGUGUACGGGAUGGAACAUCGAGAACUGUGGUGUACGCAGUGCAAGUGGAAGAAAGCGUGCACACGGUUCGGUGACUAAAUUUUAAAGCUGUGAACUGGUUCAGAACUGCUGAGCUUCAGUAUUAAAGUGCACUUUAAAGUGAAAAUAAAACAGAUUUAUGGUACAUUUUUGCCAAUGAAUUACUGUUUUGACAAAGCACAAAUUUUAUAAUUGAGUCUUUUAUUACUGCCUCGAUGAUUAUAGAACGCACUUGUGAUGCUUUCACAGUGGCUGCAGAAAUGUGUAAGAGGAGGUCUCUGUUCACGAUGUGAACUAUCUUCCAGGCCUUUGGGUUUCAAUUACAGUAACUGUAAUACAGAAAACAUUUUUUAAAUUGGUGUUCUGCGUAUUCAUUCCCAUCAAAAUGAAUUGCCUAGUUGAGAUCUUGGGUGUGAAUUAAUAUUUUCAGAGGCAGAACACCUAUGGUCUGGAUAUGUGAAUACAUAUGGAGCAAAGAAGUUAUUUAUGUUAUGUCAUGUUAGUGAUUUUGAAGGAUUUAUAAUGAAUUCUUACAUUUUCAAACAAUAUUUGUUAUUUUAUAACAAAGUGUACAGAUUUGUUAAUUUGUAUGCUCAGUUCUGUGAACAGGCUGUAAUAUAUAAUAUUUGAACUUGAGGGACAUUAUAAUACAAAUAAAUGAUUCAAAUGUUUUUGAGAUACUAAGAUAUCUCUGAAUGACCUGAUGUCACUGCCCAUUUAAUUCCGUGCCUGUGAUUGUAUGAACUGAAAGUGAUAUUAAAGAUGAUUUUAUACAUUUUUAAGAGAUGUACUAAGAUACAGGGAGAUACUCUUUGACAAUGUUAUAAAUUUAGCACUCUUUUAAACAUCAUAGGAACAAAGAAAAAGCACUACUAUUUCAGAUUUUUUUAAAAAAAAUGUUAAUAUUGUCAAAGAGCUGUUUUUCAGUUGUGCUGCAAAAGCAGAUAUUUUUAAAAAAUAUAGUUGUUAAUGAUGUUAUUGCCAAAAAACUCAAAUAUAAUGAUGCUGAACUUCAGUUAUUUAUAUAUUUCCUGCAUUAUUAAGUUUCCAGGUGUGAUCCACAAUACAGUCCAUAUUUACUCGUUUUUAAGGAUUGAGAGAGAGAAAAGAAGGAGGAAGGAAGGAAGAAAGAAAGAAAGAAAGAAAGAUGGGAUGUGGCAAUAUAAAGUGUCUGGUGGUGCUGACAAAAAUGUUCUAUGAGUUUCACUCACCCUGUACAUGUACUGAUCCUUUGUGUUAAAAUGUUAUAGCCAUUAAAACUGUUCACAGUAUCUGGAUACUUAGGGUUAUUAUGAAUAUCCUGUUCACUUAAAUUCAGUUGCAGUUAUAUUCUGAUGUAUCUUAAUGUGUAUUAGUAUCACAAUGCUCCUAAAAGUAAAGUGUGGUUGUUU